UCUUCAGAUUCGUCGCCGAAUUUAUCUCCCCAUGUUCUUUUUUCUUUAUUGCCCAACAAAACCCACAUAGCAUAAAUCCAAAAAUUGAUGAAUGAUGCAUGUCAUCAUCAGAGUUUGUAUCUCUAUAUAUGUAUCUGUAUGCAUGCAUGUUUAGUAGGAGUAUUUUAUUAGACCAUCACGAACAGUUGAAAAGUUGAAAAUCACGGGCCCGGCUCGGUGUGUUGUUGGGGGAAGCUUCAACUCAUCUUUCUUACAUCUUCCUCGUACUAUGCUUCAUUAAUCUCUACCGCCUAUACAUACAGUUUUAGGGUCAUAUUAUAUAAUCGACGACUUUGUUCCUUUUUCUCUUUUUCGGGUUAUGACUUGGAAUUUCUGCUUAGUGAGAAUAAAGACAGUCUAAAAGAAAGUGAGAGAGAGAGAGAGAGGGGGGAUUCUUCUCUUCUUGUGUCUCUGUUUGAAGUUUUUCCUAUGAGGUGAAUUGUGGUGGCGAUGGACAGAAUGUAUAGCGGCGGAGGAGUUGGUGGGAGCGGCGGCGUGGUGCUGACAAGAGACCCAAAGCCGCGGCUGAGGUGGACUGCUGAUUUACAUGAUCGCUUUGUCGAUGCUGUCACAAAGCUUGGUGGCCCUCACAAGGCUACUCCAAAAUCAGUGAUGAGGGUGAUGGGGCUCAAGGGGCUGACACUGUAUCACUUAAAGAGUCAUUUACAGAAGUAUAGGCUUGGCCAGCAGCAUGCGAAACAACAUACUAAUACAGACAACUUUGAAAAUCCAUAUAUGCACAUCGCAAGUACAAGCACUAAUUCAUCAAGCAUGAACAGCGAACAAGGAGAAAUUCCCGUUGCUGAAGCAGUUAGGUGCCAAAUCGAGGUGCAGAAAACACUAGAAGAACAGCUCGAGGUGCAGAAGAAAUUGCAAAUGAGAAUAGAAGCACAAGGGAAGUACUUGCAAGCCAUACUAGAAAGAGCUCACCGGAGCCUCUCUGAGUCCGCCAAAGCUCAGCUAACAACAGACUUCAAUCUCGCGCUAUCGAGUUUCAUGCACACUGUCAAUGAGGAGCCACGCGAUACCAAGCUCGUGCUCAAGCUCGAGGGCCCUUCCAUCGACUUUGAUCUCAACUCCAGAAGUAGCUACGACUUUAUUGGCACUUCAAAAUCGAUGAAUCUGCACUAGCUAGAAUGAUAUUGUAUUAUACUACUACUACUUGAUGGAUAGACUAAUUAGCUUCAAUUCAAAUGCUGCUUCCUCUUCAUUAAAAUUGUGAAGAGCUUGUUUUA